GGGGGCUCUGCCAUCUGUGACGAAGGAGGCCGCGGGCACAGGUCGGCGCUGGACCGUCCGGAGGCAGGCAGGGGACCCGAGGAGCUGGAUGCCUCCGAGGACAGCGAAGCCUCCGGCGCCCACAUGAUCCCGACGGCCACGGUGGCCGCCCACAGGCCCGUGCGCAUCGCCUUCAGCCUCAGUGAUGCCCCAGACGCCGAUUCCCAGGAAGAAGCCGUUCCCUCGGCCUUCCCAGACCUGGACCAGCAGCUCCAGCCUCUCCCUCCCUGCCAUGGCAACAAGGAGUCCAUACAAGUGUUCAAGCAGCACUGCCAGAUCGCCGAAGAAUACCACGAGGUCAACAGGGAGAUCGCCCGGCUUCAAGAGAGGAAGAAGGAGCUGCUUUUGCGCCUGGACCGAGCGGAGGAGGAGAACGUGGACGCGGAGCAGCUGGGCCGGGAGUUUGCGGCCCUGAGCGAGGAGAACCGCGCCCUGCAGCGCGCCCGCGCCCACUGCGCCCAACGCCUGGACCAGCUGCGCCAGCAGUACCACAAGCGCCAGGGCUCCUCCUAGCCCCGCCGACCCACACGCCCCGAGGCCCAACCGCACACGGACGCGCGCGGACGCACACGGACGGACACGGACGGAC